AUAUUUCUCAGACAAAAGAGAAAUGGAAAAACGAUCCACCAACAACCAGUCCCUUCAAUCUUUGUUUCUUAGUAUUCACUUCAAGCUUCAACUAGAACUGAAAGGCUCCUCUGAUCAACAAAAUCCAUUUCUUAUUUCUGAUUUUUUGGUUUAAUUCUGGUUUUUAUAUCAUUGAUGAGAUGGUGUUCAGAAGGACAACCAAGAACAGGGGCUUCUAUCUAGGGAUGAAGCUCGUACACCGCCAUGGAAGACAAGAUAAGAACUUCUGUUACAGAUAUUUCAGAUGGGUUCUUUGGUUUUCUUUAUCUCUCUAUUUCUUUAGCUCUUAUCUCAUCAGUAACUCCACCAAAACCUCACCUCUGCGUAAAACCACCGUCUCUACUUCCCUAACCAACUUCGUCUCUCGUGCCAUGUUCGAAACCAAUACUUCGGUUUCGCAACAACCCAGAAGCCAAAAUCCAGUCUUGUCUCAAGGUUUGUUCAAUGAUCUGAAGGUUUAUGUUUACGAUCUCCCACCGAAAUAUAACAAGGACUGGCUCGCAAACGAGAGAUGCAGUAACCAUCUGUUCGCUGCGGAAGUCGCAAUACACAAAGCCCUAUUAAGUAGCGAUGUCCGGACGCUUAACCCAUUGGAAGCAGAUUUCUUCUUUGUCCCUGUUUAUGUUUCCUGCAACUUCAGUACUGUAAAUGGGUUUCCGGCGAUUGGUCACGCACGGCCUCUGAUAGCUUCAGCGAUACAACUCAUCUCUUCAGAGAUGCCGUAUUGGAAUAGAAGUAGUGGGGCUGAUCAUGUCUUUGUUGCUUCCCAUGAUUUCGGACCCUGUUUUCACACAUUGGAGGAUGUAGCGAUUGCAGAUGGUGUUCCAGAGUUCUUGAAGAAAUCGAUUAUAUUGCAGACAUUUGGUGUUAAAUACAAACAUGCCUGCCAAGAAGUAGAAAAUGUGGUGAUACCGCCUUAUGUGUCGCCGGAAAGUGUACGGUCGACGCUGGAGAAGGUGCAGAAAGGCAGCGGCGAGAGAGAUAUAUGGGUUUUCUUCAGAGGGAAAAUGGAAGUUCAUCCCAAGAACGUCAGUGGACGAUUUUACAGCAAGCGAGUACGAACGGUGAUAUGGAACAAGUACAACUGGAACCGGAGGUUUUAUCUGAAACGGCACAGAUACGAUGGUUAUCAAUCAGAGAUCGUACGGUCGGUGUUUUGUUUGUGUCCACUGGGGUGGGCCCCCUGGAGCCCAAGGUUGGUGGAAUCGGUUGCUCUUGGAUGUGUUCCGGUUAUAAUCGCCGACGGGAUUAAACUUCCCUUCCCUGAUGUCGUUCGGUGGCCGGAGAUCUCUCUGACGGUGGCGGAGAAGGAUGUGGUUAAGUUGGGGAAGAUACUGGAGCAUGUGGCCGCGACCAAUUUGUCUGACAUUCAGAGGAAUCUGUGGGACCCAUCGAUCAGGCAGGCUCUACUGUUCAACCGUAAUUUGCAGGAAGGUGAUGCCACUUGGCAGGUCCUACAUGCCCUAUCGAAGAAGCUUGAUAGGUCAUACAGGCGUUCGAGGCUUCAUGGCGAGUCAUCAUCGGACACGUGACGAUUCUGGUCCGGUUGGAAGUUGGAACGGGAGGUUGCCAGCUAUUUGGAAGUGCAUUUUUUCCCCAGCGUGGAUGCUGAUGCAGGCAAAAUAGUGGAGGACAGCCUGUGUUAUUCUUCACAAGUGGGCCCCACCACCGAAGAACUGUUGUAGGGUAAGGAUUGGUUAUGCCACUGUAUAUUUUGUUAGGAAGAUUGUAUAGAUGAGAGAGGAAAAUAAAUAAAUAAAUAAAUAAAUAUUUUUUUGUAAA